AUGGCGCCACCAGAUCCGACACACUGGACUUACACAGAUUAUGUAUGCUUCCUACGGAGUCAUGGGUUUCACAACUUCGCUGGGUUGGACGAAUUUCUACAGUGGGGUCUUGAUGCUAGCCGGCAGGCAUCACCACAACUGCCUCAACGAGCGGCAGCCAUACUUCUUGAAUUCGGCAUAUCCAGCUUCAGAACGUCAGACCUUACAGACACUUCGAAGCUGAGAGUGUUACUCAAAGAGUGGACGCGAAGAUCGCCAGAGACGCCGCCCACAUCUGCAGGUACCGGGUCAGGACGAGGUGUCCAAGGGAGGAUUGUCAUGGUCAACAAUGUCAAUCCGGAGAUGGUCGAUACGCUCGGCAGUCUUCUCAACAUCGAGCCGGCAUUUUUUGCCUCACACAUUAGUGACAGGGCCACCGGCGGCGCUGGGGACGGCCACACGGGAUCACCACUCGCGUCACAGAAUUUACGGCAACAGAAAAGCUUCUUCAGUAUCGAAUAUCCCUGCGUAUUCAUGACAGCAAACUGCGGCAAGGACGUCGACAUUGAAAAGCUCUACUGCAAAGGAAACUACCGAAGGCGGGUGGAAGUAUGUUCGAAGCACGGUAAACAGAAAGUCGCAGUCGCCCGCCGGAAGAUCUCAUUCUACAUGAAGAAGACACUCGACCCCUGGCUAUGUGUCGUCCUCGUCGAUCCGCCCAUCUCCUUCUUCACCUUGGGAGCUGAGUCGUACGGGACCUACGCUCCCAGCCAACGUCUCGACGUAACGGGCUUUCAAGGCGGCUAUCUCGACUUCUUGGAACAAAGACCACCCACGAACAGAUCCGACCAUGACUACCGCGCAUGUGGAACCAAGCGCAUGUGUCCCAACCCCUUCGACGACCUUUGCCGCCACUGGCAGAUCCUAGCCCGAGACGGCCAGCUCAACCCAGCGGACGGGAACGUGCUCAAAAUCAUGCGGCCGGCCUUUCAAAUUGCUGCCAGCGAAUGUACAAAUUUCUUCGAGUACAUCCGCUCCACACUCGAACCUCAGAUCAUAUCCACAUCCCUGACGGGAGAUCCGAACAAGACGAAAAGAACACUCGACAAAAUCAUCCACCUAGACUCCAUGCUCUCCCGCUACAAACCCAUCCUUACGCGCAUCAAGACCUACUUAUCCUCCGAUUCCGAACUAAACGAAGAUUACCGCUCAUUAUUGAUCGACCUCCACCACUACCGAGCCGAGUGCGACUCGCGGAUGCAGCACAUCCUUGCCGUCAGCCAAAUCCAAGACACCGCCUCCCUCACGUCCAUCAAUACAGAAUGCGCCCGUCAAGCAGAUUACUCCCGCAUUCUGACCAUCACGGCGUUGAUAUACGCUCCAUUUGCACUGGCCUGCGCCAUUUUCUCCUUACCACACGAUUUCGCCCCCGCGGCACAUUACUUCUACAGCUUCCUGCCCGCGACCGCCGGAGUGGCAAUUCUGUUCCUGUUUCUCGUCUUGCCCGAGGCGAGAGACCCGCUGCCGAGCGUCAAGGCCGCGUUAUGUGGCAAGUUAAGCCGAAAAAAGUUGCUUGCGAAGCCCAAGGGAUCGAGAGCCAGCGGCGAGAAUGAGAAAUAUUUUGAAGAGGUGUGA